AUGUCUCUUAGCGAGGACACCCAGGUUGCUGCUCCACAGGCGGGCGCCAAUGACGACCUCCGACUGCUGGUCGUCUCCAACCGAUUGCCCGUGACCAUCACCAAGGACGAUGCCGGCAACUACCAAUACAAGAUGUCCUCCGGCGGCCUCGUCUCUGCCCUCUCCGGACUCAAGCGGAUGAUGAAGUUCACGUGGAUCGGAUGGCCCGGAAUCGACAUCCCCGAGGCAGAACGCGCCCAGGUCCAGAAGGAGCUGCUCGAAAAGUACUCGUGCAUGCCCGUCUUUAUCGAUGACGAGAUUGCUGACAUGCACUACAAUGGAUUCUCCAACAGCAUUCUCUGGCCAUUGUUCCAUUACCACCCCGGUGAGAUCUCGUUCAACGAGGAUGAUUGGGGCGCAUAUCAACAGGCAAACAGCCUCUUUGCAAAAGCUAUUACCGAGAUUGUGCGCGACGGCGAUCUGGUCUGGGUUCAGGAUUACCAUCUGAUGUUGCUGCCAAAGCUGUUGAGACAGGAGGUCGAGCAGCAGCGCCAGAACAAUGAGCCCGUCAAGAACAUCAAGAUUGGAUUCUUCUUGCACACGCCCUUCCCCAGUAGUGAAGUCUAUAGAAUCCUGCCUGUCCGCAAAGAGAUCCUUCUCGGCGUCUUGAACUCUGAUCUGAUUGGAUUCCACACCUACGAUUACGCCCGCCACUUCCUGUCCUCAUGUACCCGCAUCCUGGGACUCUCUACUAUGCCUAACGGCGUCGAUUUUGAGGGUCGUUAUGCCCAUGUCGGCACCUUCCCCAUUGGAAUCGACCCCGAGAAGUUUGCAGAUGGCCUGAAGGAGUCCGCGGUCAUCAAUCGCAUCCAGUCCCUGCGCGAGAAAUUCAAGGGCGUCAAGUUGAUUGUCGGUGUCGAUCGCCUGGACUACAUCAAGGGUGUUCCCCAAAAGUUGCAUGCCCUCGAAGUGUUUUUGUCAGAGCACCCAGAGUGGAUCGGCAAGGUCGUCUUGGUCCAGGUUGCUGUGCCCUCUCGUCAGGAUGUGGAGGAGUACCAAAACUUGCGCGCUGUCGUCAACGAGCUCGUGGGUCGUAUCAACGGCAUGUAUGGCACAAUCGAAUUCCAGCCGAUUCAUUUCCUGCACAAGUCCGUGAACUUUGAAGAGUUGGUGGCACUAUAUGCUGUCUCGGACGUGUGCUUGAUUUCAAGUACGCGCGAUGGAAUGAACUUGGUCAGUUACGAGUACAUUUGCUGUCAACAGGAGAACCACGGUGUCAUGAUCCUCAGUGAGUUUGCUGGAGCUGCUCAGAGUUUGAACGGAUCAAUCAUUGUGAACCCUUGGAAUACGGGCGAGCUGGCUGAUGCGAUCUACGAAGCCGUGACCAUGCCUGAGGAUACGAGAAAGAGCAACCACCAGAAGCUGUUCAGAUACGUGACAAAGUACACGGCAGCAUACUGGGGCCUGAGCUUUGUGAACGAGCUCAGAAGGGUCUCUGAGGAGUUUGACCAUCGCAUGGCCCUGCCCAAGCUGACCAUUCAGCACGUCCUCGAAGCACGCAGCCAUUCGACCAAGGCCAAGGUCAUCUUUUUCGAUUAUGACGGCACCUUAACCGCUACGCACAAGUUGCCAGAGUUUGCCAACCCUGCGAGCCACAUCAUCCACAACCUGCAGGCACUUGCAGCACAGCCGAACACAUAUGUAUACAUCCUUUCUGGUCGCGAUCGAAAGCAUCUGGAUUCGUGGUUUGGCAACUGUGGUGUUGGAAUGUCGGCUGAGCACGGAUGCUUCUACAAGCACCCUGCCAGCGUGGCUAAGGCGAUGAAGCAGAUCCGUUCGGAAAUGCCAGCCUCGGACGCUCAGGAGCCAGUGAAGCUGGUCAAGGAUGCAGGCAACGGCUGGUUCCGAUCAGUCGACCAGGUGGAUUCGAGCUGGCGCGAGACGAUCCGCCCGUUGUUCAAGCACUACACUGAGCGUACGCCCGGUAGUUUCAUUGAAGAGAAGGAAAUUAACAUGACGUGGCACUACCGCGAGGCAGAUCCUGAGUUUGGUACAUGGCAGGCCACAGAGUUGCAGGUGAACUUGGAGAAGCUACUGGCCCAUAUGGCGCUGUCGAUUAUUCUGGGCAACAAGACACUGGAACUGCGCCCGAGCAGUAUUGACAAGUCAACAAGUGUGAAGGCGAUCCUGAAGGACAUCCAGGCGGAUGUGGGCCCGGUUGACUUUAUCCUGUGUGUUGGAGAUGGCAAGACGGAUGAGGCCGUGUUCUCGUGCCUGAGUAACGAGAGUAUUGUGGGUCCUGAUGCGCAGGAGGUGAUUACGUGCACUGUGGGACAGAAGCAGACGGAGGCCAAGUUCUACCUUGCUGACGUGCCCGAGGUCGAGUCACUGCUUGUGGACCUUGCCAGGAGCUAG